CGCCGACGACUUCCCGGUCAGAGGACACCAAGAUGGCCGCCGUCCCGCUCCCCUGAAGUCAGUCCGACAGAGUCAAUGUUACACUUUAACUUCCAGGCGGCAUGCGGGCUUCGUGUAACGGACACAUUUAACCACUAAAUAAGGCGGGAUACCUUUUCAGACGCUUCUUCGAACGAGAUAAAAAAUGUUCCAGGCUAUCGGCCACCGCGGCGUCCGGGUCGCCCGGCUGCUGGCGCCCAGGCCCGCCGUGCUGGUCGAGGCGGUACGCGGGCGGAAGUCGCGGGAGGACCCGGUGGCCAAGUCCAAGCUGGGCCGCGUCAAACAUCCUCCCCCGGUGGACCCGGUGGAGAUGGUGGUGCUGCGGGAGAGAUACGCCGACUACACGCUCAUCUUGAGGGCGCUGCGUCUGGAGUUUAAGGAGGCGAUGCUCCGGAAGAAGUACGAGGAGGAGACGGGCUCCAUGGCGGAGGAGAAGGCUAAGCAGGAGACUAUGGAGCACCGUGCCCUCAUGGCGUGGAACGACCAGGAGAACCGACGCCUGCUUCACCUACGACUUUUGAGGAUCCAGAAGGAAACUGAAGAGGCGGAGCGUGAACGCGUGGAAGCAGACCUCCGGCGUAAGCAAGAAGAAGAAGACUUCCUCCGGCAGAAGCAAGCGGAGGUGCUCCAGCUGCAGGAGGACGCAAAGAACUUCAUCACCUUGGAGAACCUGGACCAGCGCAUAGAGGAGGUCUUGGACAACCCCAAGAACUACAAUUUUGCCAUCGACAAGGAAGGGAGAGCCGUCAAGCAGACCGUGUUGCAGUGAGACCGCCCGUCUGGACGCCAGACCGGCUCGGAACCGGAAGUGGAUUUUGGUCUCUGAAGAAUGCAGAUGGUCCUGGGACCCAAGAAAGCUCGAGCAUCCGGCUGGUAAUGGACUGUAAGGUACUGAGGAAGCAUCAUGGAUGACGUGUUUAAAAGGAGUCCUCAAAGUUUGUUCUGUAGACCUGACUCAGUUUUUUGAUUCUAUAUAAAGCGACAAUUAAGAUCAAAUGUCA